AUGGAGAAUCCAACUUUCCUAGUUAACAAAAAAGAUAUUUUUCUUGUUAAGCCGUCUGAACCAACACCGUCGGUUGUCCUCUCAUUCUCUUCUAUUGACAACGAUUACAAAAUCGAGUUACUUGUCCACACCAUCCAUGUCUACAAGGCAAAUGAUCAAGAGAGUAACUUGCAAGAUCCAUCUUGCCUCAUCAAAGACGCCCUAUCUAGGGUGCUCGUGUACUACUACCCCAUGGCCGGGAAACUCAAGAGGCACAUCGAUGGAAAACUCCGAAUCACAUGUAAUGCUGACGGUGUACCUUUCUUGGAGGCUAUUUCAUCUUGCACCCUUUCUUCCCUCAAUUACCUUGAAGGUAUUGAUUUGCAAACUGCAAAAGAGCUUGUUUUUAACUAUCCAAAUCAAAGUGAAUUAGGUUAUCACCCGCUUGUCAUGCAAGUUACCAAAUUUUCUUGUGGUGGUUUCACCAUAGGGAUGGGAUUGUGCCAUUCCAUGUGUGAUGGGAUGAGUGCUUCCCAAUUUCUUAGAGCAUUGGCUGAUCUUGUCAAAGGCAAAAAUGAGCCAUUGAUAAAACCCGUGUGGAAUAGGGAACUAUUAGUUGUGGAACCAUGUGAGGAGCCCAUUCAACUUCCAUUUCAAAAACCAACCUUAGCAAAUUCCCCAUACUUGCCCACCACAGAUCUUGUUCACGAGUCCUUCAACUUAAGAGGCGAGAGUAUAAAGAAAAUAAGGUUGAGUUUGAUAGAAAAAGACGACGACGAUGGAUCAAUUCUAAGAAAGAACAUCACAAGUCUUGAAAUAAUAAGUGCUUAUAUUUGGAGGUCAAUGUAUAGGGCCUUAGAGUUAAACUCCGACGGUGACACAAUCUUUUCUAUCAUCACGGGGAUAAGACACAUACUUAGAAAUCCACCGUUGCCUCAAGGGUACUAUGGUAAUUCUAUAAUUGUUGUCAACUCUGAGAUGUCGGGUAAAAAACUUAACGAGGAUCCAUUUCUUGAGGUUGUUAAGGCUAUAAGAGAAAGCAAAAAGAAUGCUUCCGAUCCCAAAUAUGUUUGGAAAGCUAUAAGUAUAUCCGAGUCGAUGAUAAGGUCAAAACCGGUAUUUAAAAAUAACGGUGCAUGUGUGUUUUUGACGGAUUGGAGGCACCUAGGGUUGAUGGAGGUGGAUUUUGGGUCGGGGGAGGCCAUCAACCUUAUAGUGUUGCCUUGGAGUUCAAGUUUUUACGUGGGCAUGUGUUUGCUUCUUCCUACAUGCAAACUCAAUGCCAAGAUGAAAGGUGGGACUAGAGUCUACCUUACCCUCCCAAGGGCUGCUAUGCCUAAGAUGAAGGAAGAAAUGGAUGCUAUUGAUGAACAAAUGGACUUCAUCAAAUAA